AUGGAUUUAUUUUUAGUGGUGUUCUUACUGACGGUAAUACAGAAUGCAUUCAUUGCUGAGACUCUCAGAUAUAAAGGGGUCUUCCCAUUAGGAAUUCCACACGUGGCUCUCUGUGACCAUCAAUUAGAUAAUUACCACAUCAAAAAGGAUACAUAUGUUUUGGGAAACCUAUUGGCCAUAACCCGUGACCCCAACCUAUGGCCCAAACCAGAUGUGUUCGACCCCAACAGGUUCUUAGAUAAGGACAACAAAUACAUGUCAGCCCUCCCGGGGUUCACACCCUUUGGAAUCGGACGGCGUAUAUGUUUGGGUGAAAAGCUGGCGCUCGCGGACCUCUUCUACAUAACUGUCCGCCUAUUGAAGUCUACUCCAGACUAUGUGUUUGCGUUGCCAUCGGGUGAGGGAACGGCUGAUUUAGAGCCCGACCCUAAUAUUUUCUUUCGUAGAGCUCCCAAUCCCUAUGAGAUAAUACUUAAAAAACGAUAA